AUGACGGAACCAAAGUGUGUACAAGCUCAUAACUCGCUCUGGAAUCUGAUGAUAGAGCCACAGAUCAACGAAAAGUAUUCUCCUGGUGGACCACGAGGUCCCGGGUAUGUCCCAAUAAAAUCGAUCCAUGAUCUCUGGGUCACGGCACCAUUGAGAGAGAUCUACCUUUGCACAUGCUCAACCUGCGCCUCGCAUGGCGGUCCUGUCGACAACAGAGCUCUGCUGGCAGACGAUCACAUGGGAAAAAUCAACCAAGAGUAUGCAUCAGUCUACGCCCUGUUGCUGUCCCUUUCGGUACCCACACUGAUCAACGAGUUUAUCGCAAAUGAUGCUCGCCUUGGGGAUGCUUAUUUCAGCGAAAGCUCGCUUGCGUUUCUGUCAAAGUUGAAAUUAAGUCCGGAUCACAUCGCGAGCGUCCGCAAGAGGAUCCUGUUCCAUCAGUACCAGUUCCACGUCCGCAAGAUUGGAAACAGCCCCAUAGCGAUAUUCAGCAACAAAGAAUUCGUUCCAAUUGAAGAAGACACCGAGCACCUUGGGGAAGGCAACUUUGGUGAGGUUUUCGGUUUCAAAAUACAGUCAGACGACUAUGUUGGAGAAACAAUAAAAAGAAGCAAGGCUACCAGACUUGUUCGCAAAGUAUUUAAGAACUCUAUUUCUGGGCCAGAAGAGUGGCUCAAGAUCCUACAAAUCAGGAAGAUCAACCAUCCUCAUCUGAUGACGGCUAUAUGCGCUUUUCACCACGGUUCGGUAUUUUCCAUCGUCUUCGAGCGCGCUGAAGAUACUCUUGAAGAGUUUCUGAAGAGCAAGGAAUCGGCUUUCGAACACUCGAAGCUUUGGGAACAAGUCAAGGGAAUUGCCGAGGGCCUCUCCUACCUUCAUGGCAGGCACAAGAACAACGGAGCCCAAGAAAAGAUAGCCUAUCAUUUGGACCUCAAGCCGGCAAACAUUCUGAUCCUCAAAGCACGGGAUACUCAAGGAUACAUCAUGAAGAUCUCGGAUUUUGGCCUCUCGAGAUUCAAACCUCCGCCCAUGGGAUCUGGGUCUUCAAACCUGGACUCGGAUAAUCACCAUCGGGCGCCGGGCUACUAUGCGCCGCCGCCGAAUGAGCCAUACUCUCCAGCCUGGGACAUUUGGUCGCUUGGAGCCAUCAUAUUGGAGAUAGCCACGUUUGAUAUCCAUGAUAAAGGCGAGCUCUCCCUCUUUCGAAAAGAGCGCAGAUGGGAGGAUCCGAACUCAAUGGGAACCCAUGCUGGAACGGAGCAUUUCUACAAGAGCGAACCUGAUGGUCCCACGUUGAAAGGCCACGUCUUGAGCCGGAUUGAAUCGCUGCAGGAACGCUUUCAAAAAAGCAGGGACGAGAACCGCGUCGAACCCGAUCAGCUUUGGCAGAAAAACUUCUUCCAAAGAGACUUCUUCAACCUCAUACGACAAAUGUUACGGAUAGAGCCAAAGGAACGACCGAGUACCGACGAGGUCGUAGAACAGCUGAAUAACCUACAUCAAAGUGCGUCUCAGAUGUUGCUAAACCGAGGAUAUUCUUCGGCUCUACCGGAUAUCUGGGAAAUGUCUGAAAGCGAUCUUGGUGCCGCUUUUAGCGGUGAACCUUGUACAAGAAUUGACUGCUUUUAUAGCGGGGGAGCACGCAGGCAGAAAUGCUCGCUUUUCAUCCCAAAUUCUCCGCUGCAAAACUUGGUCAGGUUGGGAAUAUGGAGUACAGAUUUCAGUAACGGCAGCGGAGUGGUUCUCGGAAGAGAGUUCUCAGUGACUACCCAUGAAGAGUAUGGCCUACAACCCCUGUAUGCCCCGUCUAUCCUGACGGAACCAUCCGAAAAGUGGAAUGUUGGUCUCAAGCUACUCCCAUCUCGGGAUGCAUACAACUUCGAAUUUCGGGAGCGAAUCGAUGUUUUGAGAUUCCAAGAAUUGCUCCUAAGACAAUUCAUUUACCCCAAGUGA